UAUUUUUAACCUCCUGUUCUUUCCUUUUGGCAGAGUAAUCAGUGCAAGCAGAGUUCUUUCCCUGAAUGAAACCGAGUAACCUCGGUGAUUGCCUUCUGAAAUGACCGACAGACACACAUCUGCACAGAGGCUGCCUAAAGUGUAAACUCUGGAGACAAAGUGCCAUGUCCAGCCAAAGGAGACCGGGUGAGGAGCUUUCUGCAACAACGGUCAGCUCAGUAGCUGUGCAGGCUGGAAACUGCAGAAUUGUCAUAGCUAUCAUAAAGUCUGGCAAAUGGGUACAGCUUCAGUUGACUGAGUCACAGCCAAAUCUCCUAGAAAUUGGUACCAGUCAAGAUGAAACCAAACAACUUCUUCAUGAUCAUGAAGUUCUUUUGGCCAAGCUUAAGGCUUUGGAAGAUAGAGUAUGGGAACUCCUGCAGGAAGCAGACAAGAUAGCUGACCAGAACACAGAUCAGAGUGAGGUCUAUGAAGCCAUGGCCAACACUCUGGGUGAAGCAUGGGCAGCCCUGAUCUCCAUGCUUGAAGGAAGACGGGAACUCCUCAGCUUGACUUCUGAAUUUUUUGAGAAUGCCAUGGAGUUUGCUGUUAAAAUAGAUCAAGCCGAAGACUUCCUUCAGAACACACAGGAAUUUGAGAGUGCUGAGUCCUUAAAAUCACUUCUUCAGCUUCAUGAACAUCAUACCAAAGAACUUUUAGAACGAUCUCUAGCUCUUUUAAACAAAAGUCGACAACUCACUGACUUCAUAGACAAAUUCAAGUGUGACGGACCUAACAUAAACCCAGAGUUAGUUCAUGGAGCUAGUAACAGUUGCCUGAAGAUCGAAAGCCUUCUUGAACUUCUGCAAGACAGGAGACGGAAACUAGACAAGUACUUAAAGCAACAACGUCAGGAAUUGGGCCAGGUUCUGCAGAUAUGUGAGUGGGAUCAACAUGAGAAUCAGGUUACCUGUUGGUUUCAGAAAACCAUCAGAGAUUUACAGGAACAAAGUCUAGGUUCAUCACUUUCUGACAAUGAGGAUCUCAUUCGUAAGCAUGAGGAACUGAGGAUAAAAGCAAAGGAAUGGAAUUCUGCAGUUGAAACGCUGAAGAGUGAGGCACUUAGGAUUCUUCUCUCAAAGGACAACGUGGAGAAAGAACAUUUACAGAUCUCAAACCAGAAAUUGAAUCAACUUCAAGAAGAAUUUAAUUGGCUCAUGGUGGAAAGGGAAACCUGGUUGAAAAAGACAAAUGAUUUUUUUAACAAUGCUAACAAGGCAUUUGAUGUACUUGGAAGAGUUGAAGCUUACCUUAAGCUUCUUAAAUCAGAGGGUUUAAGUCUGCCUGUCUUGGCAGUGAGGCAUGAGGAAUUACAUAAAGAAAUUAAAGACUGCACAGCUGAUGCUUUGCAAAAGGGACAAGACUUAAUAAGCCAAGUAGAUUCCUGCAGCUCCCGGGUGACCGGUGUCCAUGAGAUGAUGAGAUGCAUUGAGAGGCGAGUGGAUCAUCUGUCUCAACAGUGCUCAGCACACAAGGAAUUGGCCCUUAACAAACAAAAAUUAACAGCCUCAGUGGAGGGCCACCUAGGAAAGGUGGAAAUGUUAAUUCAGAAAAUCAGCCCAGUACUUUCCAAUGCAAUGGAUAUUGGUUCCAACCUUUCUGAAUCAGAGAAGAUUUUAAAUAAUUAUCUGGAAUUAGAUAUACAAGCUAAGGAGACGUCAUCUGAAUUAGAAGCAGCUGCAAAACUCUUGAAAGAGCAAAAUGAAUUUGAACUUGAUGAAGUGGCAUCACUUUCUUCUAAAACUAAAUGGCUAGAGGAAGAAUUAAGCACAGUUGGCCAGAUCAUCAGCUUCAGGUCACGAAUUCUGCAAACUUUUGUGGCAUUUCUGAAGGCAUCAGAGGAGGUGGAAGAGCAGUGUCAGAGUCUAAAGAAAUUUUUCCAAAAUGAAAUCCUACGGAAGAAAGAAGAUAAAUCUGUAACCAGUCAGCCAUUUGACUUAACCGAAGAACAAUGGCACCUAUUUUUAAAGAGGAGUUUUUUAACUCAAGACUUAGGACUGGAGUUCCUUCAUUUUAUAAAUAUGGCAAAAGAGAGUGAAAUAGCAGAUGUGAGAAAUGAAAUGCACAUAAUGGAGAACACUCUGGAAAGCCUGAAGGCAGAAAGGGAAGAACUCAGUCACCUCAGAGUGACAUGGAAACUUCAAGCCACUGAGAAGAGGCCUGUCAAACAGCAGUGGGCAGCAUUCAAAGAGCAACUUAAAAAGACUACUCACAAUGUGAAACUUCUUCAGGAAGCUCUUAUGCCUGUGUCUGCUCUUGACCUUGGAGGGAGCCUCCAGAGCAUUUUAGGUGUACAGAAAAAAUGGCAUGAAAUGAAGCCUCAGUUCCAGCUAUUAGCUGAUGAGGUUCAAUACAUUAUAAAAGAAUCAGAAGACUUAAGUGGCAAAGGCCAUCCUGUGAAAGAGAAGGCUCAACAACUGAAAGAUCUCCUCGACCUCCACCAAAAACAGAAAGAAAGAAUCCAAGAUUAUGAUAAUAUCCUGAGCAAGAUAAUCCAGUAUCAUCAAGUAAAGGAAGAGCUGGGACAUCUCAUCAGAUCAAUGGAACUGGGAUUUCUAGAACAGACAAAAGAAUGGGAUGAUGCCCACAAUGUUCAGAUUCAUCUCAGUCGCUCUCAGGAAAAAAAAGCACAUAUAGAUCGUCUCCACAAACUUGUUCUAUCCCUGGGAGCAGAUGUUAUUUCAUCCCUGCAGCAGCCUAACUGUUUUAAUGUUUCUGCAAAGAAUCUGAAGCAGCAGCUGGACCUUAUUGAAGGAGACUAUGUAAACUGGUGUGCCAAAUUAGAGGAGUAUGAACAGACCCUGGCCUAUAGCUUGGAGUACUGUACCGCAAUGGAUGAGAUAAAUGAGCUCAAAGAGUCAUUCAAAGAUAUUAAGAAGAAAUUCAACAACUUGAAGUUUAAUUACACUAAGAAAAAUGAAAAAGCUCGAAAUCUGAAGGCUCUUAAGUAUCAAAUUCAACAAGCUGAGAUGCAUGCUGAUAAAAUACAGGCCUUGAAAAGAAAAAUGGAAAAAGUUGAUAAUAAAACCUACGAUUCUUUCAUAAACUUUCCAAGUGAUAAAGUAGAUAUUCUUUUAGAAGCUAAGAAGGACUUGCAAAAGUAUGUGAAUGAAUUUGACAAAGUUGUGACAGAUUAUAAGAAGAAUUUGGAUUUGACAGAACAUCUUCAAGAGCUAACAGAAGAGUGUCACUUUUGGUAUGAAGAUGCAAGUGCCACAGUUGUUCGAGUUGGAAAAUAUUCCACAGAAUGCAAGACAAAAGACGCUGUGGCAAUUCUCCGCCAGCAGUUUAAUAAGUUUAUCACCCCUUCAGUACCCCAACAAGAAAAAAGGGUUCAGGAGCUCAUUGACAUUGCCCAGCAUUUAUAUGGUUUGGAAGAAGGGCAGAAAUAUGUUGAGAAAAUUAUAUCAAAACACAAAGAAGUUCUUGAAUCUGUUACUGAAUUAUAUGGCUCUCUCACAGAGCUUGAAGAAAAGCUGAAGGGAGAUGUUUCAAAGAUGAAUUUGGAUUUGGAAGACUUCCAUGAUGACUGCACUGAUCUUCUAAAUGAGCCAAUGAAAGAGAAGCAGACAAUAGACAAUGAAAAAAUGAAUAAGGAACAGGAGCAGGUGAUAGAUCUUUUGUCCACCAAUGGAAGAGAAGAGGGACAAUUUCCACAGGGUCCAAGACAGCUGUCCACUGCCAGCGAAGAUGCAAUGCCAGGCCUUCUUCUGCCAGCAGAUGUGCUUUCAGGAGAAGACUCUGAGUGUGUAUCACCUGAUGACAUCUCUUUGCCACCACUCCCAGGAAGCCCAGACUCCCCACUUACACCUUCAGACAUGGAGGUGGAGGAACAUCCCAGCCCCUCCCUCAAUCUUGACAUAAGCAUCCUAGAUGGGCUGCCAGCAGGGGCCAGCAGGCCAGGAGCUACCCAGGAACCUAGCAUUCCACCACCUCCUGCUUUUGCUGAUAUUUGCAGUGAUAAGAGAGACAGAAAUUCAAGUUGUUUGGAAAGGCCUACACCCCAGUUCAAAGCUGAACUCCUGUUAACCUCCCCAGGAUUUCUGGAAAAGAGUACUGCCUUCCACACAAUCAGUGCUAAGCAUCCAGAGAGCAUGCCGAAUGAUGUGCAUGAGACAGCUUUUCAGCAGCACUUCCCGGCUCAGAAAAAUUUGCUAGAAACAAGAGAAAAACUGCAUGCUGGUAAUAAUGUUACUAAACCCCAAGAUAGACUGCAUGUUUCCCCUGAUGCGUACUCCAGCCUCAGGUUUCAAUCAGGCACAAGCAUGGCCUAUCAGAGGCAAAAGGUUUCUCAAGAAGAGAUUAGAAGUACUUCUGCAAAGAACAGCGUGGUCAGCCUAGCUGACCAGGGACCUAGUUUCUCCAGGCUCCUGUCUAAUGUAACUGUCAUGGAAGGUUCUCCCGUGACUUUGGAAGUUGAAAUAACAGGAUAUCCAGAACCUACACUGACAUGGUACAAGAAGGGCCAGAAAUUGUCUGCAGAUGGACACUUACAGGUUUUACAGAAGGAGACAAGGCAUUCGGUGUUCAUUCCGAAGGUAUGCAAGGCAGAUGCCGGCCUCUAUAUGGCUGAGGCCCAAAACUCUAGCGGCAUUCUCUCUUCCAAUGCCAUUCUUCAUGUGACAGAUAACCACAAGCCGACGAUUACAAGAAUAAACUGGAUCAUGCUAUGUGUCGUCUAUGUUAGUGUGUCUCUCCUGUACUGGUUACUUGCACAGUAACCGUGGAACUUAUACCUGUACACAUCAUCUUAAUAAUGCCAAAAAACAAGACAGUAUUUCUUUCCCAACACCUCUUAUCAAAUGUACCUUCAUUCUGGCAUCAUUACUUGUUUGACUAAUACUAUUGCUUGAUGAAUCAGGUAUUUGUUAGUACUUUAGUGCAUUAGGAAGUUUGAUAAAUUAUUAGCAGUGUUUAAGAAUACAAUUUUAUAUCCUAGAAGAUACAAUCAAUAGAAAACCCAGUUAAGCUUUAUCAUACCUAAUUCUUCCAUAACUUAUGUGCAUCUGUA